GUGACGUAUAACAGUCUUGUCCGGUGCUGAUACGAUGCUGCGUCUCGUCGUGUGUCUUCUUGUUUUUGGCUUCGCUCACGCUCAUGUCUGCCUCAUCAAUCCACAUCAGAGAGGAACCAUGAAGGACAUCAACAGCCCAGGCACGUCUGACUGUGCGCUCAUGCACGGACCGUGUGGACAUCGUCCGCCCGAGCAUCCUGCUGUGACUUACAAAGCUGGUGCUACAUACCGCUUCACGUUUCAGAAAAAUCUUGACCACUUUGAUAAAGACCACCCUGGAUAUUUCAAUGUCAACAUAACUGACACACGCGGCGAUCAUCCUAUCACACUGAAACGAAUCACUGAUACGUCGGCUCCGUCUCUGACUCUCUACACAGUCGAGGUCAAGUUGCCAAACAAACCGUCUCCACACGCUGUGCUCCAGGUCGAGUAUUAUACCGACAACCCUCAUGCUCCACCAACAUUCUUCCAGUGUGCUGAUAUUACUCUCGGGUGACAUCUUGAUCAGACUGUGUGAACCCUUUAGUCUGUAAGCUGCAAGUUGUGUCCAUGUGUGUGUGUGUGUGUGUGUGUGUGUGUGUGUGUGUGUGUGUGUGUGUGUGUGAGACUCAGAGAGUUAAAUUAGUUUGCUCUACUCGUCGAUCUUUAGAAGAACUCUAGAUGUUUAGAGAGAGAUGUAUGGCUUUAUUGAACAACAAUAGCAACAUGUGUCCAUUAUUUUGUCUUCUUCGCA